GCGGGGAGAGCGAGCCCGCGGCCACUCCGGCCCCGCGCGCCAAAGUCCACGUGGCCCCAGGUCAGCACCUCCCUGCCGAGGGCAAAACCCGUCCCAUGAAGCCUCCCUCCGCGCAGCGCAACCCCGCCGCGGCCGCGGCUGCAGCCCCGGCCUUAGACUCGGCCGCGGCGGGGGAUCUGACCGACGCGCUGUGCGAGUUCGACGCGGUGCUGGCCGACUUCGCAUCGCCCUUUCACGAGCGCCACUUCCACUACGAGGAGCACCUGGAGCGCAUGAAGCGGCGGAGCAGCGCCAGCGUUAGCGACAGCAGCGGCUUCAGCGACUCGGAGAGUGCAGAUUCGCUUUGCAGGAACAGUUUCAGCUUCAGCGAUGAAAAGCUGAAUUCUCCAACAGACUCAACUCCAACUCUGCUCUCUCCCUCUGUCACUCCUCGCAAAGCCAAACUGGGAGACACGAAAGAGCUAGAAGACUUUAUUGCUGAUCUUGACAGGACAUUAGCAAGUAUGUGAAGCAAGGAGAAAUUGUGGGUCCUUUUAUCAAAGGGGAGAAACUUUACAAAGCUCCAAGGACCUGGUAAAAUCAGCUACAGAAUUUGCUGCCAGAGGUGAUGGAGACAAGUGCUUGUUGCCACGAGGCCAUCUUCAGGCUCAUCUUUGGGCAAUUUAGAUGGUGAAACUGAAUUUGUUUGCCUGCUUGCAGCAAAUUAGAACAGACAUCCAAUGCUAAUAUUGUAUUUUCUCUAAAAACAUAGCUCUCCUGUAAUUUAAAGUGCUUUUAUGAAGAUAUUUGUAAUUAAUUAUAUAUAGUUGGAAACAG